UUCUUAUCCACAGACCACAGAGAGAGGAGACGACGGUUCGAGUUCGAGUAGCAGCAGCAGUAAGAGCCUAGGUGCCUCUAGGUGUGUGUGGGGGUGAGAAUGACGUGCAGAUAAAAGCGCGUGUGAUUAGUUAGAAUGCGAGAAAAUCCGAAUCCCAUCUUCAACGGGGCUAAAGAAGAUCCAUCGGCCAAUGGACGGCUUUGGUUUAUAGGAUCAUGGUCAGUGGUAUGGGUAUGGUUUCUAGAUUGUGUAGUAGCUUUUGGGGUUUAUAGACUAUGAGAAGAGGUAGAGGGAAAGGGAAGAAGCAGAAUGCAUCUGCUCGGGAAGAUCGUGGGAGCGGUGAAGAAGAGAAGAUUCCAGCUUACAGGAGAAGAGGAAGGCCACAGAAGCCAAUGAAAGAUGAUUUCGAAGAAGAGGAGGAAGAGGAAGAAAAAGAAGAUGAAGAGAUGGUGGUAGAGAAGAUAGAAGAUGAUGAAGAAGAAGAAACUGAUGAUGGUUCAGUAACAAGUAAAGAUUUGAAGAAGGAGAAAAGGAGGAAGAUAUCUAAUGGAGGCAGUAGAGAUGUAACUGAAGAAGAGAAUGAGUUAGGAUCAAAGUCAAGCACUGAUGAUUCCAUGAAAUCUACUACGUCUAUUGGCUUUAGACAAAAUGGAAGCCGGAGAAAAAGCAAGCCGAGACGAGCUGCUGAAGCUGUUGUGGAAUGUAAUGGAGUUUGAGAAACCUUCUUGUGAACAUACUUCACGAGACCACGAUGACAAAUUAACUUCAAGAAACCUUCUCCUUCUUGUUUUUUGCUUUUCUUACAAGUUAUUUUGAAGUUGACAACUUUAGGAUCGGAACUCCUUUGGUGAAUUAUGAGUCAAAAGCAUCAAUUUGCAUUCUCUCUUUAAAUU